AUGAGAAUAUUUGAGGACGUGCCCUUCGACGGACGCUUUGUAGUAUCGAACCCAGGGCCCCAGUGGACUGACGUGGUAGCCAACGAGAACCGCACCUUUGGGGAUAUGAUUGUGCUCGAUCACAUCGCCGAGGAUGAUAUCACUGCCAACACCAUCAAGACGCUCGAGUUUUACAAGUGGCUUGUCGACGGCGACGUCAAAUAUGAGUUCAUCUCCAAAAUGGACACUGAUUUGUGGCUCAACGCCCGCGGAUUCUGGGACCGCUUCCUUUCACCGAGACUAUCAGUGGAUGCUGCUACGGGAGUCCCAAAGAGCACGGUUCAGAAGACCGUUAUCGGCGAGCUCUACUACUCUCCGACCUGGGACCUCGUCUUCCCCCAUGGGGCUAUGUAUACCGUCACUUGGGACAUGGUCCAGCUCUUGGCACAACUUCAGGGCAAGCACCACGUGGUAACAGGGGAAGAUAUGGCCAUUGCUACUCUCAUGCUAAAGGGGCGCGAGAGGGCCAAUUUUGUCAACUUCAAGGGCAUAGAGAAAUUUGAUUACGAUGACGAUGACACCCAACAUGACGGUACGGCAUGGGCGAGGAAGGAGACACACCCGGACGCCAUUCAGCAUGCAAUAGCCGGUGGGGAUACAAUCGCGGUCCAUCAACUCAAGGACGAGAACUUGUGGUUCAAGGUGGCCGACUGCUUCGACGAGAAGGGAAUCCGGCCGGCGCCUCAGACUUCACAACCGGAACCCGAGUCCCAGAAGCCCAUGUCGGUACGGUGGCAUGACUUCUGGUUUUGGAUGGGAAUCUCGGACCGCUACGAUACGAGGUUCGAGAGGAUACCGGAUCUUUUGUGGACGAUAGAGGACGGGCAUUGGAUAUGCGAUGGAAUAUGGGACCUGGGAGAGUCCAAAACGGGGUUUACGGUGGAAUGA